GACGCCGACGCCAAUGCCGCGCCCUGCGCCGCAGUGUUUGGUUCAUUCUUAUUCCUUAAGGUCAUUCUUCUACGCGCGGAACUCGCGCCCUACCGCGUCGAGUCGACGGCGACCAGGCGCUGCGCUACCAAGUGCAAUACGUGCGACGCGCUGGAGACCGAGGCAAUGAGUCGCCUAAUUGGGGGCAGGUUAACGCUCGACGCAGAAGACACCACGUGCCCAGCGGCGCCGACCAGCGAGUCCGCGCGGAAGCCACCGCGCGCUCACUGGCGCCCUAGCCCGGCCAUCCGCACUACCAGGUGCCAGGCCAGCGCGCCCCCCCCGAGCGCGGACCGCGAAGUCGCGGCAGCGCGCCCUGGGCCCUCGCGGGGCCCAGCUCCGAUCGCAGCACUCAUUGACCAGCUCCAACGCGGGGGCGCCGCCAUGUCACGGGACGGAUGGGGCCCCAAUGGCUCGUCGGCGGUCAACGACUCGGUCAACGACUUGCAGUCAUUGCAGCAGCGUGGAAAGACAUCCCAGUUCCCAAGCACUGGAUCCGUCUUGAAGUUG